AUGCGUCCACGCCGAGGGGUCGACACCGGACCUGCCCUGCACCUGCCAUACCCUGCCCCCGUACCGGACCUGCCCUGCACCUGCCAUAUCCUGACCCUGCACCGGGACCUGCCCCCGUACCUGCCUCUGCCCCCGUACCGGGACCUGCCCUGCACCUGCCCCGGGACCCAGAUGCUGGAAGGUGCUGCCUCUGCCGGCAGUAGAGGCCCAGGGCGGCCCAUCGAUGGAGCUGCCCUCAAUAUCACGCCAAAAAUCCCAAGGACGGGCAUCAGGGACCGGGCGGUGAAGAAGCUGCGCCAGUACCUCAGCGUGAAGACGCAGAGGGAGACAGGAGGUUUCAGUCAAGAAGAACUUCUAAAAAUAUGGAAAGGGCUCUUCUAUUGCAUGUGGGUGCAGGACGAACCCCUUCUGCAGGAGGAGCUAGCGAACACUAUUUCCCAACUCAUCCAUGUUGUUAACAACUCAGAGGCUCAACAUCUCUUCAUUCAGACCUUCUGGCAAACCGUGAAUCGAGAGUGGAAGGGGAUAGACACGCUGCACCUGGACAAGUACUACAUGCUGAUCCGUCUGGUCCUGAGGCAGUCCUUUGAAGUUCUGAAGCGAAAUGGCUGGGAAGAAAGCCGAAUCAAGCUUUUUCUAGAUGUCUUCAUGAAGGAAAUCCUGCAUCCUGAGAGUCAGUCUCCUAAUGGAGUGAAAUUCCACUUCAUCGAUAUUUAUCUGGAUGAACUGUCCAAAGUGGGGGGGAAAGAGCUUUUGGCAGAUCAGAAUCUCAAGUUUAUUGAUCCAUUCUGCAAAAUUGCUGCCAAGACUAAGGACCAUACACUGGUACAGACUAUAGCUAGGGGUGUUUUUGAAGUCAUUGUAGAUCAGUCUCCUUUUGUACCUGAAGAGACAGCAGAGGAACAGAAAACUAAAGUGAGUGACAGUGACCUCUCUGAGGGCGACGUAUCUGAAAAUGAGAUGACAUGGAGAAAAACAAACAGUAAGAGGAAGACAGCCCUGGGCAGGUAUCACUCCAGAAAAGAUGGAGUCGGUGAUGACAGUGAAAGAGGCGGGGGCGGAAGCUUGGAGGACGCUGGGCCGCUUCUCCAGUUUGACUAUAAGGCUGUUGCUGACCGACUCCUGGAAAUAACCAACAGGAAAAACAUCCCUCCCUUCAACAGGAAACGUCUCUCCAGACUAAUCAAAAAAUUUCAAGGUCUCUCUGAAGGCAGUAUACCUCACCUUAGUUUUGCCGAGGACAUUUCCACUGAUGAAGAUCACCAGACCCUCAGUCAAGGAAGGCAUAAGAAAAAAGGAAGUACGCUUUUAGAGAAAACCAGCAUGGAGAAAGAGAAAGGAAACAGAUUCUUUCCUGCUGAGGAAGAGAAGGGUGAAGGCAGUGUUAAGAAGAAAAAAAGGAAAAAGAAGAAGAAGAACCACCUCCAGCCUGCACAUUUAGGGUCAGAGGGUGAAGCCAUGUCCCCAGAACAGAAUGGGGACAGUGGGCCAGAGGCAGGUCCUAGAAGAGCCCAGAAAGCCAGUGUGGUUGAGCUGGGGGCAGCAGCUGUGCCCAGUCCCCCGGAGCAGGGCGGCUCAGAGCAUCCCCUGACGCACAGUAGGAGGAAACGGCCGAGGAAGAGGAGUCCAGGGGUUCAGAGAGACAGCUCAGAGUCAGCGGUGUCACCUCUGGAGGAUGUGUCUCAAAGUGGCCCCUGCAGUGGUCGUGCUCAGGGACCUGUCCCCCGAGCCUCCCCAGUCCUGAAGAAGAAGCGGAAGCUUGGCGCUCUCCCAGUCAAUGGCAGUGGCCCGCCUGCGAUGGCCUGGCCCCCGCCCCAGAAGGAGGGCCCUCCAGUGGGCCCAGCGGAUGGAGGGGCUUGUCCAGCAGCCCUGCCCCAGGGCAGGAGACUGAAGAAGAAGAAGGGGGAGCCCAGCAGCCUUCACACUUGUGACCCAUCCAGUCAGAAAACCGCCAUCUUGAAAAAGAGGAAGAAAAUGAAAGAGAUGUCCAGCUUGGUGGGACACAGUGGAGUGUUGGAAUCCGAAGUCAAGCUCAUCCGGGCUCUGGGCUCACCUGGAGCUUUCAGCCCUUCAAAGAAGAAGCAGCUGAGGACAGAGAACAACUUUGUGAAGUUUGACACCCCCUUCUUACCAAAGCCCCUGUUCUUCAGGAAAGCUAAGAGCAGCACUGCCGCCUCCUCUCCGAACCCUGCCGUGCAGCUAAACAAGAUGCCCUCCAGCUCCAAGAAGGUAACCUUCGGGUUGAACAGAAACAUGACUGCAGAGUUCAAGAAGACAGACAAGAGUAUCCUGGUCAGUCCCACAGGCCCCUCCCGAGUGGCCUUCAACCCUGAGCAGAGGCCCCUCCACGGAGUGCUGAAGACCCCCACGAGCUCGCCCGCCAGCGCCCCACUGGGGACCAGGAAGCUGCUGACUGCCACGCCAAAGAGAAGGCCGACAGCUAUGGACUUCUUCUAGGGUAGUGACAGAAUCCUUUUAAAGACUGCUUUUGUACAGAAUAUUCUAUAAAUUAUAACUUUAAAAAGGUGGGGCCUUUUUUAUUGUUUUAUAAAUUCCCAUAAAUUGUAUGUACAAGAUUCUGAGUAUGAGCUGCGACACUGCUGCUGCUCCGUCCUUCCGUUGGGGGCUGUGGGCAUCUUGGUUGAAGCUUUUGCUACAAACAGUGUUUGUGCCUGAGCUCUCCAGGUUUC